CCCUCUCUCCUUUCAGCCAUGCGACCAUCCAUCUCUGUGACUCUCGAGCCCGGGUUGGAGCGAGGGGUCCCAUGGGGUCGUGACCUCUACACCUUUGUAACUUCAGCAGCAGGUCACAUGAUGAGGACUCUUCAGAAACCCCGGAAGAACCGAGCAUCCAAACGGCAGGUCAACCACCGCCGCUUCCUGCACAACAUGAUUCAGAGAAAGUUUGCAGACAUAGAAGCAGCAAACCACCGGCUGGCAUCUGUUCUCUAUUUUAAGGAGGAGGACAAAAACGUAUCGUCUCUGCCAUCACAGAAGCCAGACACAGUGGACCAGUCAGGUAACCCCUCCCAAGGUGGUCUACAAGAUCCAGAUAAGUGCAGUGCUCCCACAGGUACAGAUGGUAUCUCCAAGACUAGGAGUGACGUCUCUAUUAUCUCACAUGAAACUGAAAUCAGCGAAAAGAAGCAGCCAGACCCGGCGCAUCUUUGGAAACGGCACCCCAAAUCAAAGCCCAGCACAGCUAUAAAGAACAACCAGAGCAAAGGGAGACAGAAAAAAGAAAGUAGGAAUCGCAAACUGGUUGAAUGCACAUCAAUGAGCACACCUGUAGAUUAUCACCAUAGGGCGGAGCGCUAUCAUACUGAGUAUGACGACGAUGAAAGUCUGCUGAAGUCAACCGACAACCAAACAACUCAAAAAGACUCUGGUUCGUUCCCAUUUGGCCAAAAUGUCUCCUCUCCAGAGCUCUCUCCGUUGUCUCUUGACUCUUGUGACUUCUCGAUCCAAAUGUUCACAGACAUCUCAGCCUGCACACAGACCCAGAAGAACAUCGUCGACAUAACAGAGAAUCAGUGGACGGAUAUUAUGGAUCUUUUCAGUGUUGGCAAUAAGGAUUUGGGAGGCUGCAUGGAUGUAGAGGCCUAUUUUGAUAGUAUCUGCGCAUGCCAAGGUGAUGAUGUUGGAAAGGAAGUCAGUGCUGAUGAUGCUGGAUUUGCAGAUCAGUCAGAUCACUUCACAGAGAGGAUCUGCAGCAGCAGUAAUGAGGUGGAGGAUCUUCAAUGUGAGACAAGUGAGUGCAGAUUUGAACAUGGAUACAGUUAUCAUGCAGAUCAAGGACUGACCAUAAACCACUUCCAGAGUGUGCUGAGACAAAAUGAAGACGUGGUUCAAGGUAUCAUCCAGAACCAGCUCCCCACAUCAAUCAGCUACGGCGACUCGGAGCUGCAGACGUACCAGCACCCUCAGGAGGAGAGUCCCUGUAUGCUUCUAAAUAACCACAACUUUACGCCCUUUGAGGGUGUUGCUCAAUCAUUCUCUGUGCCGCUUCAUCACCCUGAGCACCGUCCCAUACCAACACCACCGCACGAGGAUGACUGGCUGUUCACUGAUAUCUUAAAGGACAGGAAGUCACCCGAAUGCUAGGGAUCUUUUUAUUUAAGUUUGUUAUGUGUUGAAGUACAGUAUGUGAAACAGUGAUGCAUGGCUGUUCUGCUGUAAUCGUCGUGGGGGCAGGAUAAAGGCUCUGCACCGUCUCUUCCUAAUGUAGGAGGUUAAAUAGAGGCGUGAUGUGUCCUUAAUUUGAAUCAAAUCUGAAUCAAAUCAAAUCUGUUCUGACAAUCUGAGCUUUGCAGGAUGUGCACUACCGAUAAAAAAAAUCUCAAUCUUAAACAAUUCAUUUGUAAAUACAGUGAAAUUUUGAAAACGAAUUGAGCAGCUGAGAGAACAUACAGUAUGUAUGUUUGUAAAUCUUUAUCUUAUAUACCACAAAGCAGACUCUUUCCUUCAUCAGAGGGAUUUAAGAUGUA